CACAAACGGGUGAGGCAACCAUGCCCGUCCCAAGCUGCCGGAUCUCGGGGGCCACGAGUGUGGUCUGGUGUCUCAACUGGCACCUGGCAGUUUCUGGGCCGCAGAUGCAACAUCCGACACAUUCAUGCACUAUAAAGUCGCACUCAGCCACCGACAUUCUUUUCUUUUCUCAUACAACCCCAAACCCACAGUUACUAUACCGCUAACGUAUGCCUUGUGUACCUUCGUUACACAGCGUUGAGAACUCAAGUCGAUGUCGCCCCUGAAAAUAUUUCAACAAACCUGCAACGGGAAGAAGACAAUCCCCGCUUUCUCAUACGAGGAGAUGCUGGAAAGUCCCCCAAACUCGCCGACAUGCUCGAGCCGGGGAAGCCUCCGGGACCGGGAUCGUCAGGACCCUCCGAAGACCACCUAAACUGUUGCGAGUUAGACCAAAAUUAGGGGAGAAUCCGGGCAAAUGGUCUCCUUCCCCAAGACGCUCAUGUGGAGAGCGCUAGAGCGUGCGCUAGGGAGCGGCCUAGUACUGUGGAGCAGCUUGGAUGUGAUCCGGACCAAAUGGACGCGCAGUCCAAUCCUAGGACGGGUCUGGGACAUUGACAUGGAUAGGAUCAAAAAGCACAAGUAGAACGCCAUGCCACGCCAUAUCUAGCAGAGAAAGAUCGAC